AUUUGAAAUCUGUUGCACUCGAUGGGGACGCGCAUCGAGUGAUAUGUACAAAUUCCUGCUCCGAUCCCUGCCAGGCCAAGCUUCCUUCAUUCGCACCCUCGGGGUCAGCACAGCCAAGCACAGAAGCAGCAGGAGGAACGAGAGUAGUGACCAAAUACACGACGCCAUGGAUAGAUACGACAGAAACCGGCAAUGGAGGCGCACAAAAGACGGACAUGGACACGGUCACGUGAGCAAGGACUCCAGCUUUAAAGUAGUUUCGUACAACAUACUCGCCCAGGACCUGCUGGUAGAACAUUUCUAUCUGUAUGGGGAACUCAGAACCGACUGUCUGACCUGGCGACGUCGCCUGCAGAACAUCCAGCGGGAAAUACUGACACUAGACCCGGACAUUCUCUGUCUCCAGGAGAUGCAGUACGACCACAUAUUUGAUCUAAUGCAGGGACUCCGGGUGGGCAAUGGCAAGAAACUGGAGUACGUCUACAAGAAAAAGACUGGCGAGCGCACUGACGGCUGUGCUAUCAUCUACGACGCAUGCAAGUUCCAGUUGCUGGACCAGCGGCCAAUCGAGUUUUACGAUCAGAAUGUGAAGCUGCUGAAUCGCGAGAAUGUGGCUCUAUUCGCCAAACUCGGGCUGAAAGGUCAGACGGAGAAGGAGUUCAUAGUGGCCACCACCCACCUGCUAUACAAUCCCAAGCGCGAUGAUGUGCGCUGUGCCCAGGUGACCAGGCUGCUUGAAGAGCUAGAGACAUUUUCAUGCGACCCAAAGAGUGGCCAAGUUACGCCCAUAGUAUUAACUGGAGACUUCAACAGCGUCCCCAAUUCUCCGCCCUUCGAGAUUAUCACCGCAGACAGCCCACCCGCAAAGUUGCUCAAUUUUAAGGUUGUGGAGAUGGGACCGCCAGGUCCCAAGGGACCCAGCAUUGCAUCCACACGGCAAGACAAUUGGAUCACCGUGGACUACAUUCUGCGCUCCCUAAGCGAUAAAAGCCAGCACCAGCUGCAGGUGACUAGCAUUUAUGGUCUGCCGACGGUCAACGUCUGCUACCACGUCGGACCCAUACCCAAUCACUAUUUGGGAUCUGAUCACUACGCUCUGGGCGUUGUAUUUAACCUUAUCUAGACUAUACGCCAUAAGCCAUGAGCCAUAGGCCUAAGGAUAUUUUGACUCGUCAAUAAAGAUACGAAAUUUGUUUAUGAAAGA